AUGUAUGCCGUAGAGAAGAAAUUUGAAAUAGAAAUGAAGUUACGAAAGGAGAUUACAAACAUACAAGAGUUGAAGGCUGCAGCUCAGCGCGGCUCCUCCCUUGCGAAUGAUGUGUGCAAUGUCCUCGGUGCAUGUGAACAGCGGCUGCAGCAGCUGGAGACUGCUGUACUGCCUCUGUAUGGCGAUACUGCCAGGCUUCAACAUAUUCAUCAAAACAUGGAACGCACAGUCCGUUCUUUGGAGCAUGUGAUAAACUACUACAUGGUGUCCAGGGAGCUGGCAGACUUGAUACAGGCUGGACCCAACACAAGUACUACUGAAACACUUACUGUGUAUCUUGAAGCUCUCGACAAGUUAGCUGAUGCACAAGGAUAUUUCAACAAGAACAACCCUCAAAGUGUAGAACUCGAAAAUAUUAAUCAACUGUACAAUACUGGAGUAUCAAAGUUGGAGAACGCAUUUGAAGAGCUAUUGAGUCGUAACACUAGACCUCUUUCGCCAACUACACUUAUGGACAUGAUAGCAUUGGAAGAAGACUCAAGCGUGGACAGUGUGUCAGUGAGUGGUAGUGGCAGUACAUCUGCGACAGCGCUGGACAGCAUGCGCGCGGCGGCGGCCUGGCUCAGCGCCGCCGGCGUGCCCCCCGCCAACCAACUCCUGGCCAUUAGGGGCCCAGCUGCCAAGAGCUCGCUUGUAGCCUUCAGAGACUAUUUAAGAUCUAGGUCCAUGGCUGCCUCGCCGCUCAUGAGAGCCAAAAACCUGUUACAUCGAUCCGACAGCACACAAAGAAGGACAAGCAAACUACAGAAAGUUAUUGAGAAACGUGCAAACAAGAUAAUGAUGAAGGCAUCUCAGACUCUGGAGCAGUCCACCGGAUUCGCUAUAGGACCUAGGAAAUCUGUUUCUGAAGCUUACGCGGAAGAGAGCAGCGAGGCGCUGGAGGAGUGGGAGGCGGAGGUGGCGGGCAGCGUGGCUGCCGGCGUGACCCGCCUGGCGCGCCACGAGCAGCGACACGUGCUCGGCCUGCUGCCGCUGCCGCGCCUGCCCGCGCUGCUCGCCGCCACGCUGCACGACUGCUUCGCCAUACUCGCCGCCGACGUAGAGCGCGCGUGCAUGCGGUCCCGGCGCGCGGCGAGUAGAUGCGGGAGCGCGGCGGGGUGCUGGGCCGUGCUGGCGCGCCUGCAGCGCCUGCAGCCCGACCUGGAGCGCGCGCUGGCCCCCGCCGCGCCCGCGCCCUACACCGCCAUACUGCAGCACUGCCAGCAGAAUUGCUUGAAGUCGCUGGAGGAGUGGGUGGAGGGCGUCCGCGGAGACAGUUCUGCGGGCCCCGUGGACGGCACCGUGCACCAGCUGGCCGCCGCCGCGCUCGCGCACUGCCAGGCCCUCGCCGGACACAUCAACACCAUCGGUCCCGCACUCGCUACGGAGCCAUCUUACAACCGCGCUGUUAGCCAGCUGUCAGGAGUCCACGAUAGAAAUGCGGCCAUGUUGGCUGUAUACAUGCGUAAAGUACUGGCGCAACUGAACUUCGCCCUAAGGAACAAAAGUGAACAAUACCCAGAUGCACUGAAAGCUAUAUUUUUGCUGAAUAACACUUUAUAUUUACUACAGGGUCUUCAGAGAAGCGGCCUGCUUGAUGUGCUGAUGCUGGCUGAGCCAGACUGUGAAGUCAAUUACAGGGACAUGAUACAGGAACAUAAAAAUGCUUACCUGCAAAGUUGGAACAAACUUCUAGCUCACACAGUAUUAGACGAGCCUCUGCCUGCCAAGCUGCGUGACAAGGACAGGCAGAUACUCAAGGAUAAGUUUGCAUCUUUCAACCGUGAGUGGGAGGAGGUGUCUCGCGCACAGACUGGGUACAGCGUACCCGACGCGGAGCUUCGCGAGGCUCUCAAGCGGGACAACAAACAGGCAAUAUUGCCCAAGUACUCCGCCUUCUACGACGCUUACGCCGGGCUACCGUUCUCUAAGAACCCUGACAAAUACGUCAAGUACACACCUCUGCAGAUUUCCACACAAUUAGAUGGCUACUUCGAUGAAGCUGCUUAG